AAUAUUGAUCGAACUUCCGCUCAGUAUACCUCGGAAUCUGUGCAGUCUCGCUUGUCAUCAUGCUUUACUACUAUCUACUAUUAGUUCUGACUAUACUAUUUAUAGUUUAUAAGUAUAGAAAUCGCAACAAAGAUUACUGGAAACAGAAAAACAUAGUGCAGGAGGAGGGAGUCUUACAGACGUACAUAACACGGCAAUGCUCCUUAGGAGAAGUCUACUUGGAUAUUUACAAGAAGUAUCCUAACGAAAAGUAUAUAGGAGUGUUUUUGAACGAGCCGGCCCUCAUCGUGAAAGAUCUGAACGACGUUCAUGCCGUCCUGCAGGGCGACUUCCAGAAUUUCUUUAGUCGCGGCACCGUCCAAAACCCGCGGGACGUUCUCGCGGACAACGUGCUGUUCAUAGACGAUUACCCGCGAUGGAGGCUCAUCAGACAGAAAAUGACGCCCAUCUUCACGAGCAGGAAGCUCAAGAACAUGUUCUACAUCAUGGACAGAAUCGCCUGCGACUUCAUCAGCAACGACAACAACGUUCAGCUCACGAACACCGACUCGUUCCACGCUCUCUCCGUGUACACUACCGCCUGCAUCGCCGCCACCGUCUUCGGCCUGGACGGGAGCCCGAAGAACUACACCGACUCCCCAUUCCUCCACAUGGUCAGGGAUGUUAUAGGACCAAACUUCGCCUUCAACUUUAAAUUCUCCGUUUCGACGAUCUCGCCCCGCCUCUUCAACCUAUUGAAUUUGAAAUUCUUCGACGCCUACAAGGAUUUCUUCGUCGGCGCCUUCAAGCAGGUGAUCGACCGACGAAGACGGGAUAGGGACCCUCGCCACGAUUUCAUCGACACCUGCAUAGAGCUGCAGAACAGCGGAAGGAUGCAGGACGCUAUCACGGGGUACGAGCUCGAUCCGUCGGACGAGGUGUUGGCCGCUCAGGCUUUCUUCUUCUUCUUGGCCGGGGUAGACACGUCCGCGACGACGAUGCACUUUGUUCUUUUGGAGCUGGCCAGUAACCCUAAAGUACUAGCCCGGCUUCACCAAGAAAUAGACGAGGCGUUUACCAAAUGCGGGGACGCUUUGACGUACGAUGCCGUCGACAACAUGCAGUACUUGGAGAUGGUGUUGAACGAGUCAAUGCGCAAACAUUCGCCGAUCGCCCAGAUUCAGAGGCAGUGCGUGAACAAAACGACACUGCCGGGAGGACUCCGAGUAGAGAAGGAUGAAAUCAUAGUGAUACCUAUUCACGCGUUGCACAGGGACGAGAACAAUUUUCCGAACGCUGACGUAUUCGACCCCGAAAGAUUCUCACCGGAGAAUAUAAAAAACAUCAAGAGAGCCAGUUUCCUACCCUUCGGUGGCGGAAAUCGCGUUUGCAUAGGUGAACGAUUAGCCCGCCUCCAAGUAAAAUCUGGCGUCGCAUGGUUCCUACGGAACCACACGCUGAAGGAACAAGCAUUCAACCCGAAAAAGUAUGACCAGAUCACAUUCGCUAACAAAGAUACCAAUGCUGGUAUUAAACUGAUACCAAGGAACUAAUUUAUAUCGAUUUAUAUAUUGUGUCCGCCCGAACACGCGGUUCGGCAUCGGCGGCUACACCGCAAGAUCACAAGCAAUUGUAUGUAAAUGACGGCAAGGCCGCGCCGCUAUUCAAAGAAAUCGUACAUAUACAUAUUUUGCUUGUGAUCUCGUUUUGUUUGGACUUUGGUUUGGACAACCACACCACAACCACACCACUACCACAACCACAACCACACAACGUGGUCUGGCGUAUAUU